GUUUCUGUGGUCUUUUCUACUCAAAUCGUACAUUCUACUGCUCUCUCCCUCGCCAUCAUCGCUUUCAUCACCACAUUAUCGCUCUCGUUACCAGCUUUACAGACCCAGCCAUCAUCAUCAUCGCCAUUCGCUAUACUCUAGUCAUUCAGCUACCACCUCUCUUUUAUCCACUAGCUUCUCAUUUGCUGUGCUGGCUUCUCGCUGGUUGCACUGACUUCACUUGCUUGACCUCUCACUCUUCUUGGGCCACCUUGCUCCCAUUCUGUUGCCUCUCGUCUGCUUUUUGAGUAUGGAUCAAUUAGCAGCUCGUCAAAAUGUGUCCAUACCCGGGAGCCAAUGACCUGCAAACCCGGAUGGACACUUUCCCAAACAACCUCAAAUUCGUCCAAGGAGUCAAUAGCGCUCGUCAAACGGAGGAACGGAACCCAUGGGUAUGGGGCAGAGAUGAGGACGAGGCCUGCUGCUGUUGUGGAUGCGGAUCCGAGACCGUUCUCUGCGGUUGUUACAGCUAUUCGCGGGCGUGGACUCGACUGGAGAUAGCUGCUUCUGACCAAGAUGCAAUCAACAUACCCGAGAUUCGGUCUUGUAAUUCCGAUUGUACUCAGUUUGCACUGGGCCUGCCAUUCUACGCACUCUGUAUUGGUUCACUGCAAAAGGCCGUCCGCAGGCACUACAGCAUUGAUGGCGAUGACUGUCAAGACUAUUGCGAUGCCUGCUGUUCUCCGCGCCGAACACUUGUGCGAGUUGAAGGAGAGAUUAUCGUUCGCGAGCAAGCCCGAAAUGGCAAAGGUGAAAAGCUGGAAGAGACGCAGUAUCUCUGCUACGGACCAAUGGCCUAUCCUACCAAACAAGAGCAAUUUACUCCAGCAGCUCGUCAAGAGGCCGCUCCACAGAAAGGCAAAGCCUAUUUGUAUCCGCAAACUUUGCAGGCCCGCGCACAGCCGGCCAAGGUCAACCGACGGCCCAUGCACACCUUAGAAGACGACCUUGCUACGCCGAGCAGAGCUAAACAGCAAGAACAUGUUCUUGGCGACGAUGUAGAGAGCGCAGCUCCCACCGAGCCUACCCCCCACGAGCUGGGGGCCACAGCAUCACGAAUAGGGCCUUUGAAAAAUGAAACUGGACCGGUGCCGUCAUCACUGUAAACAACAACUCCAAUCUUUCUCAAGACUCCUACGAGCUCUACUUCGACGCUCCUCUUGCAAAGGCUCUGCAUGCUGAUGCUAUUCUUCACACCGUUGCCGGUGGAUCGGGACAUCAUAUUGAGGUUGAUCAAGUAAAUACAAUUGCAAGCUUUCCUCGCCUUCAUCAACUUGGGCAAUAAAGAUGGUUAGAGCGCGGAAGAGGCAUUGUCUGUGCAUUGACUUGGCAUUAUAGGAUUAUAAAUAGUAAUAUCAGAUUAUUUUAUACGCUC